UCCAAACCCGCAUUCCGUAUAUAUACUACAAGUAGUUUGUACUAAGAAAAAUUAUAUAUAGAACGAUUUUUUCCAGCGGUGGUAUAUCUUAAAGUCAGUAUCGGCUUUACUGUUAAAAGUCGGCUUUAUCAUCGAAUACUUAGGGAAAUGUAACCAAUCGAACACUCUAAAUUUUAUAAUGUAAACUUUUUAAUGAACAACCAAAAAGUGUAAAUUUAAUUACACCUCUUCUAUACCAUGUGAAUUCUAAUUCCCCAAAGUCACGUUAGGAUCUAUAUCAAAUUAAUCGUCAAAAUAUUAAUAAGGUUUAUACAACUAAUCAAACCUUAGAUUAAUGAAUGAUCUAGCUAGACGGUUCUUGUUUUAACUUUUUGAGAAAGUAUGUCUUAAUCUGAUCGAUCACUGACAUCUAUAAUUGUAUUAUAAUUUUAAGUUUCCUUUACGAAGGACAUGACAUGAUGCAAAGGAACUCUAAUACCACCACCACCAACAACAACAACAACAUCUCCAAUAACUCAUCGUCGCAUCAAGCAUGUGCUUCAUGCAAACAUCAAAGGAAAAAAUGCAACAACGAAUGUAUCUUAUCGCCGUAUUACCCAGCCCGCAAGACGAAAGAGUUUCAGGCCGUGCACAAGGUCUUCGGUGUCAGUAACGUACAGAAAAUGGUACGGACCGUACGUGAAGAGGACCGUACCAAGCUGUCUGAUUCUUUGACAUGGGAAGCUCUAUGGAGACAGAGAGAUCCAGUCCUUGGCUCCUAUGGAGAGUAUAGGAGGGUUUGUGAAGAGCUCAAGUUAUACAAAAGCUUGUUUCAUAAUCAACCACUCCUUGGUUGGGAUAAUAAUCAUCAACGAGUAUAUACCAACAAUAACAACAACAAGACGACCGGAUUAGUGAUGAAUUCAAGUGGAUCGGGAGGAUUUAGUACUGUUAAUAACAAUGGUGUUGGUGUGAAUGGGGAGAUUGUUAAUGGUGGAUCAUAUACAUCAAGGGAUUUGCAAGAUGGUUGGGAAAAUCUAAAGCACGAUCAAAGGCAACAAUGUUAUGCAGCAGUGAUCAAUGGUUUUAAACAAGGGCAACACUAUCUCCCACGUUAAGUACCUAUAAUGUUUAAUUGUUACGUGUUCUAAUCGAACACGAAGCAUGUUAUAUAGUUGACUAUUUCAUAAUUAUUGAAAUUCGUGUUGUAUUUUAUGUCUCCCAGAGUUAAAAAAAGUUGUACGGGUUUAUUCACUCAUUAUGUAUGUCCCUGUUG